GACAUGGGUAGGUGUACGACAGCACGCUGGUGCCUGGGGAGCGUUCCCUCUCUCCUUCCACCUACUUACCCUAAAAUUACUGCCUACUUAAACAAUCAAAUCUAAUACUUAACAUUAUCAUUGUCUAUUUCUAUUCUUACCUCGAAUAAUCUAUUUCUUCGCGACGAACAAUGAAUGACCCUACAUCCGAGUCCUUGAAACUAUCAUCUAGUUUACCCUUGGACGACCCAAAUCAACGAUUAUGUCCUUAUGCUCCAGCUUUAUGCCGCUGUCCAGUUCCAAAAGACUCAAACGGUCGAUCUAUUAGACCAUACAUAGUAUAUCCAAUAGAUGGAAAUAUUGUAGAUGCCGCUACACAACAACUCGAAUCGUUUGGGUCUCAACCAGAGACCCGAUUAAAUCCCCAUAUAUCACUCAAUGGUUGGGGCGUUAUGUAUUGGGAAAUUCAUCUAACACAAGAUCAAUUAGCGGAACUUAUAGAAAACCCUGAGGUUGAGGUAGUAGAUGCACCUACGAUACAUUCUACAGUACGAUACUAGGCAUAAAGUUUACGCGAUUGACUGUUUUUAUAUCAAAAAAUAUAUAUCUCAAUAUUGAAUUCUAUAUUAAUUAAUUAAUAUUGUAAUAUAAUAUUGAGAUAGUCAAUUCAGAAUUAUGAAAGCCUUUUAAAAUAAAAACUAGUUUACUUUUGAUACUUUUUCA